AUUGAGGCGUGUUAUCGUGUAAACCUAAUGAUUUUAUCUUAUAAAUACGAUGAUCACGAUUGAUGAUGAUGCUAUUCACCUAACAUUCCAGUCUAUCACUCUUUCCUUCUCCUAAACACAGGGCUGCCGAUGCCUUCCUCCGAUUCUCACCGCAGCAACAAUGGCGAUCAUUUAGAAGAAGAGGAGGAAGAAGAAGAAUAUGAAGAAGUCGAAGAAGAAGUCGAAGAAGAAGUCGAAGAAGAAGAGGAGGUUGAAGAAUACGAAGAGGUCGAAGAAGAGGUUGAAGAAGAGGUAGAGGAAGAGGUCGAAGAAGAAGUCGAAGAAUAUGAAGAGGUUGAAGAAGAAGUCGAAGAAUACGAAGAGGUUGAAGAAGAAGUCGAAGAAGAGGUCGAAGAAGAAGAGGUUGCGGAAGAAGUAACAAUGGCGGAAGCGGACGAAGUUGUCGAGGGGCAGGAAGAGGAAGGGGACGAGGAGGAGGAAGAGGAGGUUGAAGAAGAAGAAUACGAGGAGGUUGAGGAAUACGAGGAAGUUGAAGAAGAGGUUACGGAUGAUGAUGAGUAUGAACCAAUAGUGGAUGAAGAUGCGGAAUUGGAUGAGGGAGAUGCAGCAAUUGCAGUAAAAGAUGUGAAAUUGGGGGAAGGAGAUGCAACAAUGGCGGAAGAGGGUGUAAAAUUGGGGGAAGGAGAUGCAACAAUGGCGCAAGCCGAGAACGAUGGCGAUGACGACGAGGGAGCAGCGGAGAUGAAUGAUGUUGCAAUGGAAAUCGCGCCAUCGGAUUCGUCUGUCCUGAUCGGUGCAGAUGAUCAGUGUAACGAUGGUAGCCAAGAUGAGGUAUACUUGAGAUCAGGACCUACAAGUGGUGUAAAGUCUGAAGCAAGUGCUCUACAUCAUACCCAUGCUGCAGAAGUCCUCUGCCUUGACAGGAAUGCAUCACCUGUCCUACAAAAUGGGAGUGGAAUGGGAAUCUCUUCUAUUGAUGUCGGGUGUUCCAAAUCUCCGCAACUGUUCCAACAUAUAGCUGGCCCUUCUAAUAAUGGAAUUGAUGCUGUGGAAGAGAAGCAGGUCCCUGUGGAACAAACAAUACUUGUUUCUGCUCCUCAUGCUGUCAGUGAUCAACUGAAUAAGGUGGGGACCACUGAUGUUGAGGAGUCUAAGCUACUCUCUAAGGAGGCAGACCUUCGUUCUCCAUCAAGGACAGGCAGGGACCAAAGGGACUCAAGUUUUUCCAGAUCUUGGUUUCCCCAAGUGAGGCCUAGGAGCUUGUCACCUGGGGCUGAAUGUGAGGAUGGAAAUAAGCGACCUGCAAUUAUUUGUGAGUAUUUUGCUAAAGGUUGGUGCAUUAAAGGGAGUUCUUGUAGAUUCCUUCAUAAAAGAAAUCAUGAAGAAGAUGCGAUGCAAGUAGAGGGAAACAUACUACUCACCAAAAGUGAGAUUCGACCUGAUAAAGGUUUUGGAGAUAAUGCUGCAGGAAAGAAUAGUCAGAAGGAGCAUGGAGAAAGCGUACGUCAGUAUAAAGACAUAGACAAGAUUGCCUUGCUCGAGAGAAAGGGUUCAUCUUCCCUUUUUUCUGCUGAUUCCCAGAAAUCAUUUUCUGGUAAAGAUGGUUCCAGGUCAAUCUCCACCCCAAGGGAGGUGGAGGCAGAUAUUUUUAAAGAUAAUCACUCAUCUGAUAACAAUGGCUUGUCAGUUGCUGAAGGCAGUUCAAUGCUGCGGGCUGAUUUCUUCUCUAGGUUUGGAUCUUCAACGAGUGAAGUAGGAGUAUCAUCUGGCUCAGAUUCUAUCUUGAGGCUAGUGGAGGAAUCGGCUGCUAUGCGAAGGCGCUAUUCGCUGGAUGUUCAGAGUUCUUUGCCAUCUUACCGUUUCUCUAGCUGGAAAAACACGUCUUUACUAAGAAACUCUCCCUUAUAUUCUGGAGCUGAUUCAGCAAAAUUUUCUGAUACAAGUUAUACACUUGAUGAGCUUCUCUCUUUUAAGUAUAAGCCGACUUUUGCUCCAUAUAACUGGGAGCAAUCUGUUCCCUUUCAAUCCUCCUAUUUUAAACCCCCAGUAAAUAGAUCUUCAGAUGUUCCAUAUGACCCUUUUCGUGAUAGCAUUGAGCAAUCUGAUAUUGGACAUGAAUCCAUUAGGCACUCUUCUUGUGGUCAAACUCAAGACGCGAAAAGCGUUUCUGAACAGAAUUCUCUUGAGUUGCAUAGAAGAUUAAAGAUUGAUACUUGGGAUAAGAAUUAUAGUGGCAAUGACAAAGUUGUUCCUGCUGUUGAAGCAGAAUCAGCUGCAACUUCAACUAGUGAUGCUCAGAAUAAGAAUUUGACUGAAGAGGAGAAUCCCAUGGUUCCUGGUAGUGUCAAAGCUAUACUUAAAGCAAGCAGAAGCAUCAAUGAAGGUAACUCUAAGGUAUAUAACGGAGAACUGAAGGGGGAAAAAGGCAGGCAACCUAAUGAAUUAGACGAUGAAGAAUCUAAGGUGAUAAGGUACUUUCGUGCUGCUCUUAUAGAGUUUGUGAAGGAGUUGAUGAAACCAAUAUGGCAUGAAGGCCGCCUGUCCAAGGAUGUAUAUAAAGUAAUAGUUCAAAAAGCAGAGGACAAGAUUCUGAGCACUUUACAACCGAACCAAGUUCCAAAUUCAUCAGAGUCCAUUAAGCAAUAUCUGUCUUUUUCUCGCCCUAAAAUUUUAAAGCUUAUUCAGGCUUACGUUGACAAAUAUGGCAAAUUUUAGAAGCUAAAGAUUGGUCUUGGUUACUGUACAGUUUUCUUAUUUGCUGAGAGUUAUAUAUAUGAGACUCUUGUGGAGUAGCAAUAUGUAACCAGAACCAUAACUUAUUGAAUGCUAGUGUAGGUUUUUUUUUUGCCCUCUUUGGUGGCUAAUAGGUUUAAGCAUCUUCAUGCAUUAGAAUUUCUUUUAGUUUGAGUAGUUACUUAUGCUCCCCAUAAUGUUGAAGUACUUUGGUCUUUUUGGGAAAGGCCAAACUAAAUUUAUGAAAGCUUGUUUCCAUGCAUGAAAAAUGUUUUGGAAUGGA